AUGGCAUACUCCCCUCCGCCGCUUCGCCGCCGCGAACACGCAUCUCGGCGCGGCCAAGACCUCUACGACGACGCGUACCUCGCCGCCGCCAGCCGUGCGCCCCGGCGCGACCGGUCCGAGAGGCACCCUCCCCGCGGCCGAUCCGAGAGGCAACCUCUCCGCGAGCCCCCUCCCCGCGAGCCCCCUCCCCGCGACCGGUCCGAGAGGCACCCCCGCGAGCACCCUCCCCGCGAGCCCCCCACGGCCCGUCUCGCGCCCACCGCGACCAGCAGCACGCCGUCUGGGAGCGCCCGCCGGACCGCAUCGGUGGUCGGUCCCAAGCCCACGACCGGCGGCGACGACACGACGCGCCGCCGCGGGACACGAGUCCUGACGCGCCCGCCCGCAGGCGCCAUGCGUCGCCCGAUCCGAGGCCUCGCGGGAGGGAAGCGCACCGGUCGGGCUACGGCAGCGACGACGGGAGACGCCCGUCGGCCUACGGCGGCCAUGACGGGAGACGCCCCCGGCGCCCGAGGUGGCCCUUUGCCCCAGCGCCGUCGUCGAGGCUCGAUGCCCGCCACCGUCGUCAAAAAGGGUGCCUCGUGGUUGGCCAACCCCCUCGUCCAGGCCGGCGCCCGCACGGCCUUUGCCGCCGGCGCCCAGGCCGUCAUGAGGAGCCGCAACGACCCGAGCCCGUGGUUGGGCGCCAAGGGUGCCAAGGUGGCCACGGCCGCCCUCGGCGCCGCCCUCGUCGACGGCCUCGUGAACCAGAAGCAUCCGGCGGGCGCGAAGCAGGACCUCGUGCGCUCGGGCGUCGCCGCCCUCCUCGGCGAGCUCGGCGCAAAGGACGACGGUCGCCGUCACGGUCACGGUCACGGCCCGAGUCGUCGACGGAAGGAUUGA